AUGGGCCUCCUAUCGAUAAUACGAAAACAAAAGCUCAAGGACCACGAGAUCCGUGUCCUCAUCUUGGGUCUCGACAACGCAGGAAAGUCUACUAUAGUCAGCAGCCUCAUGGGUCUGGAUCCUCGAGACGUGGCUCCUACGACUGGAUUCCUGAUCCACACAUUCCCAUGGAAAGGCUACAAUAUCAACGCAUGGGACAUUGGAGGACAGCUCCUGCUUCGGGGAUUCUGGAGCAAUUACUUUGAUCGAUCCGACGUCAUCAUCUGGGUAAUUGACGGGUCCAACGUGGAUCAGCUAGAAGAGUCUUACAAGGAGUUGCGAGAGAAGGUGAUUCAGCAGGACCAGCUAUCGGGAGUGUACUUCGUGGUGUUGAUCAAUAAGGUUGAUUUGAUGGGGGAUGAAGAAAAAAGUGAAGUGGAAAGACUGGUUGAAGAAUCAUUACAGUUGUCCAGUGAGGUUCCGUUUGAUAAGUAUACCAUUCGGACUGUUUCUGGAAUGACACGCGAGGGUCUUCCCGAGGCGGUUGACUGGAUCGUCGAGAAGGACGUGUGGUGA